CCACGUAUCUCUGUAGCACACCCAAAGGCGGUGGCGAAACACCUUGGAUUGAAACCGUUGCCUUAACGCGUCCAAACUCUGCGAGCCCGAUGAAGGAACUGGCAAAGGGCGCCGCUGCUUGUUUUGCCUUACUGCUGCAGAGCAGCAUGUUGUCUGUUGUCAAGAGCUGGCUGGAGACGAUUGAACGGAAACUGCAGGAUCUCUUUUACGCCGUUGUGGAGAGACACAUCUCGCCCCUUCUCAUACAAGAGAGUUUGCUCACUGUGCUUGGCCGGAGUCCAUCCGGGGAAUCAACAUUCGACGUGAAUGAGAAUUACAACAUAGCGGUAAGCAUACCCAAGAAACUCAUUACACUGAAGUACACCAUGGAAGAAGCAAGUGUCAUGGUGAAGAUUGAAAUUCCCUCCGCCUUUCCAUUGAAGCCACCUGCAGUUACCUUUGAAAGUGGUAAAGGCUGCGGAGUCUCAACAGAUAAGUGGCGCUCAUGGAUGCUAAAAAUGACGGUUCUGCUCUUUGGAGGUUCUGCCAAUGUGUGGGAGUGUGUGACACUUUUUGGUAGAAACAUGGACGCUCACUUCUCUGGUCAGGAGCCGUGUCCCAUCUGUUUUGCGGUGGUGUCGGCUGUGGAUCAUCGCCUGCCCGAUAUGCGUUGUGCCGUGUGCCGAAACGCCGCUCUUCAUUCCUACUGCCUAUAUUCAUGGUGGGCAAACAGUGGCCAGACAGUAUGUCCGCUAUGCCGCUCGCCGUGGGUCUCGAGCUGA